AUGUCGUCAAUUGAUGCCAUUGUCGUUGGCGCUGGAUUCUCAGGAAUCAGCGCCCUGUAUCAACUUCGACAACAAGGGCUGAAUGCGAAGCUAUUUGAAAAGGCCCCUGAAGUUGGCGGUGUCUGGUACUGGAACAAAUACCAGAACGCAGCCAGCGAUACUCCUAGUGAACUCUACAGAUUUAGCUGGGACAAGGACAACUUGCAGACUUACCCAUGGCCAAACCAUGUUCUUCCUCAACAAGAAAUCCAGGGCUACCUGAAGCACAUUGUGGAUCAUUAUGACUUGAGGCAGCACAUUCACUUUUCUUCUGAGCUCAAGUCUGCAUCCUUUGACCAGGCUGCAUGGACUGUCAAGUUUUCUACAGGCGAAACCUUCAAGACAACAUACUUGAUUCUUGCUGUAGGAACAUUCAACAAGACCGUUUGGCCUACUUUCCCUGGCCAGGACAAAUUCAAGGGUCAACAGUACCACACAGGACUCUGGCCCGAGCAUCGCGACAUGCGAGGCAAGCGAGUCGGAAUCAUUGGAACCGGCUCUUCAGGCGCUCAACUGCUCGUCGGUCUUGCAGACGAGGCCAAGCAGGUCAUCUCGUUCCAACGCUCAGCGCAAUACGUCGUUCCCAACAGCAAGAGCAUCGUCCCACCCGAAUACAGAGACAGAGUCAACAAGACCUACGACGAUAUCUGGGCCAAGGUCCGAAAGUGCCCGCUGGGAUGGGGCUACGACGUCAAGACUACAAAGACGUUUGACGUUAGCCCAGAGGAGAGAGAAGAGGUCUUCGAGGCGGCGUGGAACUCUGUCUGGGGCUUCUCCAUGACUUUUGACACAUUCGCGGAUGUUGUGACAGACGAGGCGGCAAACAGAGAAGUGUGCCGCUUUAUCCAGAAGAAGAUUGACAAGAUUGUCAAGGAUCCCAAGAAGCGCGAGACGCUCUCCCCGCCCAAGGACGCGCUCUGGGACAAGCGACCAGUUUGCUGUGCCGGCUACUACGAGGCCUUUAACAACGACAACGUGGAUGUUGUCAACUUCAAGAAGACGCCCCUGGUCGAGAUCACUGAAAAGGGCAUCCGCACUUCAGAAAAGGAGUACGAGCUGGACGUCAUCGUCUACGCCACCGGCUACGAGCAGGACGGCAGCUGGGCCGAAAUCGACAUCACCGGCCCCAACGGCAAGUUGUCCGACAAGUACGUCGAGGGCUCAACCGCCUACCUGGGCGUCUCCAAGGCGGGCUUCCCCAACCUCUUCUACAUGAUUGGACCGCAGACGCCGCUCGCCAGCAUCCCGUCGAUUGCCGUCUUCCAGGGCGAGUUCCUCGGACAGCUCAUCUCCAAGGCCGAGAAGCUGAAGAAGGAGACCGGCAAGCCGAUUGUGGUCGACACCGUUCAGGAGAACGAAGACGAGUGGGUGAAGCAGAUCAACGCCAUUGCCGCGGCAACCGUCUUCCACAAGGGAAACUCGUACUUUUUCAGCGACCACAACACGCCUCGAGCGCCCAAGGAUGGCAGCAGACACGUGCUGUGGAGUCUGGGAGGUUUCCACUCGUAUGUCAAUGCUUGUCAAGAGGCGAUUGACGCGAACUACCGUGGAUUCAUAUUCGCAGCCUAG